GGCGUCCCCCGGGUUCCCGUGUGUUCGCCCAUCGGCGCCGUGCCCCCUCAGCCCGCCGCCGCGUACCGGCAAGAUUUCCGCGCGGGUUCUGCGUUUCAGGUGACCUGCGGAGACCUGCGUGGUAGAGCGUGGUGACGGCGUUCUAGGAGGGGGGUCGGAACAGGGCACGCGCGCUAACCAUGGAGGAAGAUGAAGAGGAAGACUACAUGUCUGAUUUAUUUCUUAAGUACGCAGGAUGUAAGGCCAGGCUUGCCCAUGGUGAGGCGGGUGAAGGAAGCUAUCCAGAAGGAAGAAAAGCAAAAAGAAGCCAAUGAGAAGAACAGACAAAAGAGUAUAAAAGAAGAGGAAAAAGAGCGACGUGACUUGGUAUUGAAAAGCGCAUUGGGCAAUGAGAACAAAGGCUUUGCCUUGCUCCAGAAGAUGGGCUACAAGAGCGGCCAGGCCCUUGGCAAAAGCGGAGAAGGCAUUGUGGAACCUAUUCCUCUGAACAUAAAAACAGGCAGAAGCGGGCUUGGUCACGAGGAAUUAAAAAAGCGAAAAGCUGAAGAAAAACUGGAAAACUAUAGACAAAAACUCCACAUGAAGAAACAAGCAAAUGAACAAGCUGCAGAUCAGUUCAGAGUAAGAUUCAAAAACAAACAAGAAGAACGUAAGAUGGAAGGGGACCUCCGAAAAAGCCAGAGGGCCUGCCAGCAAUUAGAUAUGCAAAAAGACAUUGAUGUUCCCAAGGAGACUUGGUAUUGGCUAGAACCUGAAGAGGAGGACAAAAAGGAUGAGGAAGACAAGGAAGACGAAUGUACAAGCUCAGACUUAAGUGUAUCAGAAAAGCUACACAUCCUGACUGCCUAUUUGAGAGGAGAACACUUUUAUUGCAUUUGGUGUGGAACAACCUAUGAAGACUCUGAAGAUUUAUCUUCAAACUGCCCUGGGGACAGUGCUGCAGAUCACGACUAAAGCCUUUCUAAAGGAAGGAGUCCUAGAUAAGUAAAAACCGCAAGUGAUUGCUUGCAGAAGUGUGGUGUCCUGGUCUGCAGCCGAUGGGUGUGAAUGGUGAUGUGACCCUUUUGGCUGAC